AUGCUAUUGAGUCGAGUUACUGAGUCAGUUAGUGCUAAAGUUGGCGGAAAUGCUUUUGUCAACAAAUUUGUCGAAUGUAUUGUUGAUACUACUUUAAAUGAUGAUAAGGGUCAAAAUAACCGACAAAGCGAGAGAAAUGUAAUAAGCGAAAGUUCGGUUAAUGGAGGUGAAGUUAAAAAAAAAGAAGUUAGAACUAGACAAACGGUCAGCAAUAAAACAAUAAAUAACGAUAAUGGUCCUAGUUUUGGAUCAACAUUUUUAAGACCUCAUACUUAUGCUAUCGACCAUACAAAAUGUGAGUACACCAUGUAUCAGUUUCAAAGUCGUUACCGAAUUAGCGGAACCUAUCCUUUGUCCCUUCGUGUUGAACUGAAUGAAGCUUUGGUUAACCAAUAUAAAAUGAGAAAGGCCAUUAAAGGAAAAAUGACUUAUGAUUAUUUCAACUCGGUUAAUUUUGGAGAACACUUAGAAUUUGAAGGAUUUUUAAAAGCCUCGAUUAUUUCAAUGAAUUUGGAAAGAAAUGCCAAUUGGUUUCGUGAAAAAAUAGAAGCGGGGGUGAAUAUUUGA